AGUCAAUCAUCAUCCUGGGACUCGUGAGAUCGCUCUGUCAGUGUAGCCUCUGGAUUGCCUGAUGGAGUCAGACCUGAGGGAUUUAUCAGCGCGGGUCUUACAAAUCGUCACAAUGAUCACAUCUACGGCUCGCUCCGGAUGGCUAUAAAGAGCCCAACACUGUCUCUCCUCAGGAACCAAGACAACCUUCACAAGUCUGCAUCCGUUUCCUCUGCUAUCUCGAAUCAGCCCUUCUCGCCAACAUGUGUCGCAACGAAGUCGAACUCAAUGGCUGGACUAGUGUCCCGGUCAAUGCGGGUGCCAUUUUCCAGGAUCAGCCCUUCAUCACCGCGCCUGGCCCGCUCUCAAUCGAUGAGAUCAAGUUUCCAUCUGACGACCCUGUCGUUGCCAAAACCCAGGAGUAUGCCCAGGCCGUUCUCCAUCCGCAGACCUACAAUCACUCCAUGAGAGUCUACUACUACGGAAUGGCCAUCGCUAAACAACAGUUCCCAAAACAAGCCGCCACCUUCAGUCCUGCCACUUGGGCCCUGCUCUGUCUCCUGCACGAUCUUGGCACGGCGGAGGAGAACUUGACGGCCACUCGGAUGUCCUUCGAUCUCUACGGGGGCAUCAAAGCUCUGCAGGUCCUUAAAGAUUUCGGGUCUACCACGGAUCAAGCCGAGGCAGUCGCUGAGGGAAUCAUCAGACAUCAGGAUAUGGGCGUGGACGGGACCAUCACCUUCUUCGGCCAGUUGAUCCAGCUGGCCACCCUGUACGACAAUGUGGGUGAACACCCUUACGUUAAGGACUUCAGCAAGGUGCUUCACGACGUCACGCGGGAAGAGGUCAACAAAGCCCAUCCUCGACAGGCCUGGUGCUCAUUCUUUGCGGACACGAUCCGGAAGGAGGAGAGUGUCAAACCCUGGUGUCAUUCAACGCAUAUUGUGAAUUUUGACAGGCAGAUCGAGGGCAAUACUCUGAUGAAGCAGUGGGAAUGAUCAUCUCAAUUUUUGUGCUCUGUAUGCACAGAAGCUAUGCUGUUGUUACGCUAGG